AUGUCGCUCAGAGCAGUCUAUGAGCGGUUCCUGGCUGAUCCAGCGGCUGCGUCUCUCUCCGCCGACGCGGCGCUGAACUACAUACCCACCACAACCACUUUCUCGCACCCUGAACCCAUCAUCAAGCAUCUCACCACACAGUCCCGCGUUCUCAAGAAGAAGUCGGAGAAGAUCGUCCACGCAAUCGAGGGUGCCCGUUCACUUUGCUUAGACGUCGAGACCUUGCUGGAGUUUACAACUGGGGGAGGGGCCUAUUUGCUGGACCUUGAUGACAAUUUCCUUGUCGAUCGCGUCGCCACGGUGCCAAUAGUCCACAUCGUCCAUUUUGAUAGCAACGAUAGGAUUACCCAAAUUCGACUGUACUGGGACCAAGGAGCGCUUCUCAAGCAGCUUGAUGUCAUCGGCGCGAGCAGCCGUAAUUGGCCAAUUCGAUACACAACUGAACAGUCCCGUCUUAUCAGUUCCUCCGUCUCCGCAGCUGCGAGAAGUUCCACUUCCAUCUCGUCACCGGCAUCGCUGGCUGAUAAGCGGUCUAUUACUACCGCCGCAUCAAACGCGUCAUUCGGGUCAAUCACAUCCCCCAGCAAGAGAUUUACUAAAGAUCCGCACGCGUCAUUGUCUCUCUUCCAGCCCUAUUCCCCCCCACCUGAAGAAAGACCCGUGUCAGCUGCCUCUCGCGGAUCUGCCAAACCUCCUCCGCGCAAUUACGGUGAUUUGUUUGUGGGGGAUGAUGCUGAGUCGACGCCUACGAAGAAAUCUUCUCACCCUGCGAGGAAAGAUGAAGUUGUACCCCCUAAAGGAGGGGCGGGGCCUACGUAUAAACCCUCGCGUUUGUUUGCGGACGAUGAGGAGGAGCAACGAUCAGAGCAAGUGAAUACAAUAACAUCGGUCAAGACUAAUGCAAAGAAAUACGAUCAUUUCGAGUUUGGAGAGACGCCUCAUCCUGGAUCCACUAUGAAACCACAGGCUCCAGGCCAUUUUGAAUUCGGCGAGGCUGAACCUCCUGUGAGUAGAUCUGAUCAAGAAAAGACAAAACAAGAAAAUCAUUUCGAGUUUGGAGAGGCGGACCCGGGAAGCAUACAGAGCAACCUCCCUCUCCGCCCCCACGCAAAGAAACACCUGUCCCAAUGGGAUUUUGAGGACUUUGUCACUCCGGAAAAACCGCGGCAGAAGCUCCAAGCGCAGAACGUGCGACAUUUCAGCUGGAGUGACGAUGAGGGGGAUACUGCAGAUAGUCCUCCCAAGCAACGUCGAGCUCCGCAACCGCGCCGCGAUGCGGAAACUCACUUUGAGCUCCGUGACGAUGGAACACCUAUCGCACGCCAACAGAACCAGCAAAUGCAUCCCAGGGGCGACGCACAUAAUAAGGGCCUGGGUCUCUAUGACAAUAAUCUCUUCGAUGAAUCUGGUACACCUAUCGCCAACAAGCAACAAGGACAACAGCAGCAAGAGCAGGAUCAGGAGCACAAGGCGCCCUUCAAGGUUCCCGGCGCUGCACAUAACAAGGGCCUCGGCCUGUAUGAAAACAACGUCUAUGACGACUCAGGCACGCCCGUCAAAGCUGCUGGCACUGCUGCUGCGAGGAUUAGUGAAGCACCACAGCGACCCGUGUCUAAUAUUCCUGCUAAUACUGUUAAUCGCCGCAAGGACUUCGAUAGCCAUUGGACGAUGGUGGAUGCUGACGCGGAUGAUUUUACGAAUUCGAAUUCCGUGAAGAAGGAAGGGGAGAAAAUGAAUAAUAGCAAUAAUAAUCAUGGUCGUAAUGCGAAUGGGAAUGGGAAUGCCAAUGGGAAUUCCCAACAGAGUCAUGGGGCCCCUUUGGGGUUUGAUCGCAAGAAGGCUGUGAAGAUGAUGGAUUCGAGUUGGGAUACGUUUGUGGAAGAGGAGGCGGAGAAGGAGAAGGAGAAGGAGAAGCUAGCUCCGUCUGUGGGUGUUAGUGGGAAGAGGAUGAGUCGGGAUGUUAAUAAGAGGAGCUGGGGCUUUGGGGAUGAUGGGUUUUGAUAAAUGGGGAAUUUUUGAUAGGGGGGAGGAGAACCGGUUGCUUUACCGGCCAAGCCAGGGGGAGGAAUUGUGGUUAUUUGAUUGAUUGAGCAGCAUAUCUAUCGCAGCCCCCUUUCCCUCCACCGAGUUGACUUUCGACACUGUGAUUCUUCUUUUUCGCUUUUCUUCUCCUUUUUUUUUUCUUUUUUAAAUUGCUUCAUGUGCUGUUUUAACUUUGUUUUCUUCUUCCAUUCUUGCCAUUAUCUGUUCUUAUAUUCCCUUUCCUCCUUUGAGAUUCAAAGCACAGUGUGGCUGUGAAUAGUGUGCAUGUAAUCAUGAAUAUGCAUAUGUGUAUAUCGAAGAAUGAGAAAGUAUGAAAUGGUGAUGAUGAAAAGAG